AUGGGUACCCAAAGCAGCAAUCCGGAGCUGUUUGAGUACACGUCUGGUCGAUUCCUGUUUAACGAGCAGCUUCGUCUUGCAGAACGCCAUGUGCAGUUUAAUCGUGAUGCUCUAGCUACCGUCAUAUGCCAAUCUACCGGUCGACCGGAGUCUGAUCUUAUCUCAAUAACGAAACUCGCAGAAGGUGGCUUUAACCGUGUGCUUCAAGCUACGUUCAAAGAUGGCUAUACGGUUCUUGCCAGGAUUCCUUACCACUCGAUGGUACCAAAGCGCUUUGUCGUUGCUAGCGAAGCUGCUACCCUUGGCUUACUACACUCGCGUGGUUACCAGUUCCAAGAGUUCUUGGUUAUUCUGCAAGCAAUUCAAACUCAGUUGGCGUCGAAUAUCUACUUUUAG